AAGAGAUCAUGACUUCUGUCAAAGAGCAGGAAGCCACCAGGAGGCUCAUGGUUUUCUUACAGGAAUGGGAUAGUGCCCACAAAGUUGCAUGAAGCCACAUACUGGACAACUUCAUUAAAAGCAAUGACAGCAAGACAGAACCAGAACUGUAGCUGGAGUUAUCCCAGUGAGCCAGCUUGUUUCUGGCUCGCCUAGCAGCAUGGCUCAAGAUGACCUACACGUACAGCACAUGCCUCAGCAAACUGCUCAGGUCCAUUGGCAUCUUUUUAUCUGCUGCAAGCGGACACAGAUACCUUAUAGAAUUCCUGGAGAUUGGAGGUGUCUUGAUUCUCCUGGAAAUACUAGGGCUGAACUACCACAAAGAAGAGGACAAGAGGGAGUCUGUAAAGCCGCUGCAGCUCAUUGAAGAUGCUGGCAGGAAGUAUGAGCUCAUCUGUGAAAGCUACGGAGUUGAAUCCCUUGCCAAGUUCUUGGCCACUUCCAACUCAGCAGAGGCUCAAGGAAACACGCAGAUUCUGCUGGGCUCUUUGGGUCACAGCAAUCCAAAGUACCAGAACCAAGUCUACAAAGGCCUCAUUGCUGUGCUGCCGUGUGCCUCCCCCCAAGCCCAGCAGCUGGCUCUGCAGACACUGCGGGUCAUGCAGGAUGUGGUGGGAGAGGUGCCCACAGCCGUGGUGGAGCUGGUGCUGGGUGUGCUGCGCUCCACACACCUGCAGGUCCAGCACGAAGCCAUCCAGCUGCAGAAGGUCCUCAUGGCCCACCAGGUCCGCCCAGCGCUGCUGGAGGGCCUCGUGGCGUUUCUGACACCAUGCUGCAGGAAAGAGCUCACCUUCUGCAGCGAGACCGCCAAAAACCCAGCCGUACCUGGCCUGAAAGAACCCAAGCUGGUGUAUAGUCAGCAGGCAGCUGCUGCAAAAAUCGUUGGUGUCUUAGCGAAGGAGUCAUCAGAAGUGGCUGAGGAGCUGAUCCAGAUGAAGGUGGUACACGGCCUGAUGGUUGCUGUGGGGAACCUGGACUGUGUGGGCAGCCAGAGAUACGCCAGCAUCUCCCUGGAGUAUUUUGUCCACCCCUUUCCCUAGGAGGAGUGCAUGAAGGAUGCAUUAGGGGACACGUUGUUCCAGUACUUCAUGGUUGCUGCCAGACUAGCUUGUACAGGAAACAAUUAUCUUCAGAAGGAUGUAAUUCAUCAUGCAGUAUUUCCUCCUCCCAACCAGAUCUACCCACCACGAACUUUUCAGGAAGUCCCACUGCCACUCUGAAGUAAAGGCAGCAUUUCUAAGGUGAUACACCACUGUAAUAGAAUUA